AUGCGUUACUUUACCCGUUCGUUUCUUCCACAUCGACCUAAAAUCACCUUGCGCUUUUCCCUCCCUGCGCCGUUCCCCACCGUUCCUCACCGCUCCCCAUCGCUGACUGGCCUUGCAUGUCGUCCUUAUUCCAGUGCCAGGCGGCUCCAAAGGCGCCACAGCAGCGGCGGAGAGGAGAGGAGGGGAUCGCUGAGGCUCACUCCCCCUCCGCCAUCCCCCUUCCCCUCCUCUGCUUCUCCGUCCCCUUUCCCCCAUCACCCUCCUUCCCCCCGCUUUCCCCCCACUUUCCUCACGUCCCCCCAUCCUCUCCCCCCCCCCUUCCCCCCCCUCCUCCCCUUUCCUCCACCCUCUCCGCCAGGCGCAAUGGAUUCAUUUAGAGGCGGGUCCAAAGGCGCAACAGCAGCAGUGGCAGCAGCGGCGGAGAGGAGAGGGUCGCUGAGGCAAUGCAAGGCUCGCUCACUCUUCCCUCCUCCCUGUUCCCUCUCCCUCCUCCAUGUUCCCCUUCCCUCCUCCCUGUUCCCCUUCCCUCCUCUGCUUCUCCGUCCCCUUUCCCCCAUCACCCUCCUUCCUUCCACUUUCCCCCCACUUUCCCCCCACUUUCCUCACGUCCCCCCCUCCUCUCCCCCCCCCCCCGUCCCCUUUCCUCCACCCUCUCCGCCAGGCGCAAUGGAUUCAUUCAAAGGCGGGUCCAAAGGCGCGACGGCAGUGGCAGCAGCAGCGGAGAGGAGAGGGUCGCUGAGGCAACGCAAGGUGGCGGCUGAUGUGGUGGCUUGUACCCACCCACCCACCCAGGCAGCAGCAGCUCAAUUAGAGGCUCUGGAGAGUGAUUAUACCGGGGCAGCAGCGGCGCGACUGGAGGCUCUAGAGAGUGACUACACCGGGGUGGAUGCUGCUGUGGAUGAGGAUGAUGACGUGUUCAAUGCAGAGGAGGAACUGGUGCAAGAAGGCUUCGCACCAGCCAAGCGAGUGAGCCGUCCGGGCAAGAGGCGCACGAGACAGGCUGCUGCUGCCGUGGUGAGCAGAGCGAGCAAGCGAACUCCCAAGACGUUUGCAGAGCUGCUAGAAGAGGCGAAUCUAGAGACCCUGCCACCAGGCACGCCCUCCUACCUCACAGCAGCAGUGGGCCCUCCAACAGCCGCCUCAAAGACUGCCAUAUCGAACUCUAUCAUGGGCGCGCUUCGUCAUCGCUUUCUGCUCGCGCUCGUCCUCGUGGCGUCUCUAAACUUCCUCGCGGUUUUCGCGGCGCAGCCUCCGCCGGAUGGGUACUACGGCGCGAGUGAGCCGGCGCUGGAAGAAGCAUACGACCAGCGCGCGCUCCUGGAGGCCGAAAGCGAUGCCUCGCUUGACUCCGUUGACUCCGUUGACUUGGAGGACUCGCGGGUGCUUCUCUCGAUGGGGGAUGCAGCGGCGGACUUGAAGCAGACGUCGGACGACCUCAGCGGCAGCGUGAAGAAAGCUGUCGGGCAGGCGGGGAGGAACGUGCGCAACUCGAUCGGCUCCAUGGUCGGAGUCCCGCCCAACAAGGGCACGAAGAAGCACCACCGCCGCGGCGGGAAGAAAACUGGGCGCCGCGGCGGGAAGAAAACUGGGCGCCGCGGCGGAAAGAAAACUGGGCUGGCGGGAACUCGUAAGCGCAAAUCGGGCGCGGCAGCCCCCAAGACGUCCGCUGCGGGGGUUCCGAAGAAGCAGGGGGCGGGAGGUAAGCUCAACUCCGGCGCAACCCCCAAGAAGCCCGCUGCUGCCGCUGCUGGCGCGACGGGGGCUCCUAAGAAGCAGGAGGCGGGAGCUAAGGACACCUCGGGCGCAGCACCCGAGUCCCCCGCUGCUCCCGCUGCUGCAAACGAGCCGCGCGCGCUCCUCGAGGCGGCCGACAGUGAUGCCGCGAUUGACUCCGUUGACUCGGUUGACUUCGACUCCGUUGACUUGGAGGACUCGCGGGUGCUUCUCUCGAUGGGGGAUGCAGCGGCGGACUUGAAGCAGACGUCGGACGACCUCAGCGGCAGCGUGAAGAAAGCUGUCGGGCAGGCGGGGAGGAACGUGCGCAACUCGAUCGGCUCCAUGGUCGGAGUCCCGCCCAACAAGGGCAAGAAGAAGCACCACCGCCGCGGAGGGAAGAAAGCUGGGCGCCGCGGCGGGAAGAAAACUGGCCCCGCGGGAGCUCGUAAGCGCAACUCGGGCGCAGCAGCCCUGAAGACGGCCGCCGCUCCCGGCGCUGCUGGCGGGAAGGCGGUUUCGAAGAAUCAGGCGGGAGGUAAGCUCAACUCUGGCGCGCAUGCGCUGGGAGCAAAGGGCACCUCGGGCACAGCCCCCAAGCCCACCGCUGCCAGCAGUGCUGCGAGCAGUGCUGCCAGCAGUGCUGCACCCAGCAUUUGA